AUGGUUGUUUGUAAAAACAAAAGGGAUGCACAUCUAGCUUUAAAUCAAAUAACAAACUACCGUAACCGCUUAGACAAUGAAAAAGAUGGUUUACUCGUCCAAGCUCUUAAUCGGUUGAUGAAUGUGUUUCAAAGUAGACUGUUUUUGGGUCUACUUGAUAUACAAGAAUUUUAUGAAGCUGUCCUAUUAGAUCCACAAAAAACGAAAGAAGAGAAAACAUCAGCCGCUCUUGAAAUCGCAUCAAGGUGGGAAAAUAUAUCAAGUCCAUCAUUGGUGGCCUCUACAACUGACUUGAGAAUACCGCAUAGUUUAUUGAAGAAAACAGAUUGUUUUGACAGAGCACGCUCAAUGUACCAUAUUAACUUGGAUAACUCACAAAAGUCUUAUUCAUUACAACCUACUCAAAUAUCACCAUAUCAUGAUCUACAUGUGGUCAACUUGGAUAAAUCAUGGAAGCAUAUGGAACCAGAUCUAAAAUAUGAAUAUCAAUCAUCUAAUUCGUUUCAUAAUGUAAAUCAGUCACCAUCAUUGGAGAAUACGUCAGAUAACCGAUUAAAAAGAAAUGCUGAUACUGAAUUUAUAACUGAAAAUCCUCUUUUUGUUGACGAUCAGUCUAAUAUGAAACUAUAUGAUAUAAAAUUGUCACCUGAUAUUCCAGUGGCGAAACCACGUCAAAAACGUUUAAAACGACCGAAACCAACUUUGACUCAUGAAUUUGAUGCUAGAUUGUCUAGAAAAUUAAAUGAAAGUACUUGUUCAAAUGAUCUUUUGUCUAUUCAUGAUGACAUUCCACCAAAUAAUCUUGAAAAUGAUGAAUUUAUUGACAGACAAUGGGCUUUACUAAGUCGUUUGCCUGUUACUAUGGAAGUUAUUAUUGAAAAAAGUUCUAAAGGAUUUGGAUUUAGUAUUGCAGGUGGACAUGACAACACUUUGGGUCCAGAUGAUAAUGAUACCGAUAUUUAUGUGACACGAGUUAAUCCUGGUGGUCCUGCAGAUCAUGAAUCAGGUUUACAAUUUGGUGACAGAAUAUUAUCAGUCAAUGGUAUUAGUCUUAUUGGCGCUACACAUAAUGAAGCAGUUAAAGCUUUGCAGCUGGCUGGUUCCAAAUUAAAAUUGAUAGUUGAACGUAAAGCAGAACUAGCUAUUUCUGAACAAUAUUCACUGAUGUCUUGUUCUUCGUCCUAUUCUCAUCCUAAACCUUCGAUAAAUCCUACGAAACAAAUUAUGAAAACGUCACCGACAACUGUUCAACCGUCAAACCAUCAACCAUCUUUAUCAAAUCAAUCAUUAAAUGCACAUAAUAUUGAAUCGUUAGCUAGUACAAGUACAGGCAGUGCAGGAGGAGUGAAAAGUAUUGAAUGUGGUGCAAGUGUAACAACAACUAGUUUGAUAAGCGGAUCACUAUUUGAUCAUAGAGAUAGCAAGCAUACAUUGAACUCAACAACAACAAAUUCAGCAAGCAAAUUGCCACAUAAAUCAACCAGUGUUCAUGUAUCACCUUCAGUGACUGGAGUUAUUGUUGAACCAAAGCAUCAAAGGUCUAGUAAUGUUAACAAACCACCAAACGAUUUCAAUAAUGCUACAAUACAAAGUAAUCAAAAAGGUAGUCAAUCUAGUAUUAGACAGACUAGUACUGGUUCAAGAUUAUCUAGACGCGGGGUAGCAUGCGCUGGAUUUCCAGCUUUUUCUUGGUGCAGUGGUCUGCAACGCGUAACUGCUGGUUGUGCAUCACCUACACCCCCUCCAAAACCUGGUCCGCUAAUUGUGGAAGUAUUUCUCACUAGAGGGACAAAAAGUGGUUUAGGAUUCAGUAUAACUGGUGGUGUUGGAAAUGAAACAAUCAACGGUGACUCAGGAAUUUUUGUAACUAAGCUUACUCCUGGUGGUGUUGCAGAAACAGAUGGUCGAAUUCGUAUUGGUGAUAGAAUUGUUCAAGUAAAUGAUAUACCACUUAUUGAUGUAACUCAUGAACAAGCAGUCCGUGUUUUAAAACAAGCUGGUGAUCAGGUUCGACUCGUUCUGGUAAAACAUGUAAAUAAUUAUUCAUCACAUCAAAAUUCGUCAACAGAAAUAAAAACUGAAUCAAGUGCACUUAAUGAUCAAGAUGUAAUUAUUUGUAAUAAUAAUGAUAUCAGUGGUAAAAAUAGUUAUGAUGAUAAUAAUGUUGGACCAACAUGUUAUACUAAAUCGUGUUCAUCAUCAGUAUCUUUAUCGUCACUUCGUCGAUCGGCUUCCUUUUCUCCUUCCACUUCAUCUCAUACGUCUCCACUUUCAGAACCAUCUGUACAUAGUUCUUAUCAUGCUGAAUCAUCAUCCGGUCAUCCAGUGGAUUCUGAUGUAGGUAAACAAAAAGAACAGAAUAGAUAUGAACAAUCAUCUUCGGUACUUUCACAAUCAAAACAAGAUCGUAAUUUAAGUCAUAACGAUCAAAAUCAUACUCAUCGCCGUCAAUCUGGGACUACAAAAAAUGUUCAUUCAUCAUCUGCAAUACCUAAUGAACGGUACCGUUCUUCGCCAGAUUUAUCAAAUGAAAUGUGUCAUAAAUCACAACCAAACGAAACCGCCACAACAACAAAUAAUCCAUACUUUGGUGCAACUGGUCAAGAAUUACUAGAAAAUAGAAUGGUUGGUAUAAUUGAUUAUGCAGCGGCUGCUUCAGUGUCCAACUUACUUAAUGAAUGGCCAAAUGCUCGUUUAGUUACAUUGUAUCGAAGUGGUCGUAAACGAAUUACUUCUAUGAAUCGAAAUCAAACAGAUAAUUCCGAUACAAUUCAACGUGGAUAUUCAUCGAAUAGUGGGAGAAAUCUUGGUUUAAAUAUUGUUGGUGGUGAUGGCUCAGAAGCAACAUUUAUUUCUCAUAUACAACCUGAUAAACCUGCUGGUUUAUCAAAAAGGAUAUUGGUUGGUGAUCGAUUGUUAACAGUUAAUGGCAUAGAUGUCUCUAAGUAUGGGCACGAGAAAGCGGCUGCAGCUUUACGAGAUGCGCGUGAUCGUGUUGAUCUUCUCCUAGUCUAUAGUCCUGAAGAAUAUGCCAGUUUUGAGCAACAUUUCAGUCGUCAGCUUAAAGCAGUUGGUCAUAAAUUAUCUUAUAAAUGUUUACAUUCACUGAAAGCUAAAACUGCCAAUGGAACAAGGACAGACAGUAUAGACAAAGAAUCACCAACUACCAGUUGUCAAGAUAAGAAGCAAUCUGGAAUGAGUAAAGAUAGACUGAAACAAAAAAACACUGAACAUAUUGAUAAAAAAGGACAACAAAAUCGUCAACAGAAGCAAAAGCGUCAACUGACGAAUGAAGCACUUGGCGAAGAGAAAAGACAUGAAGAAAAUGAAGCUAAUGAAUUGAAUAAAUAUCCUCAUGUAUUAUUGUUACGCUCUCAAGUUGAUUAUGACCCAAUGAAAGAGAAUCAUCACCAGGCUAUACCUAAAAAAGUAUUCACUCUAAAAUCAGGUGAUUUGGUUCACGUUAUUAAUACAGUUGAUCCUGAAUGGUGGCAAGCCCAGAGAUUCGACCCAGAAAUCAAUGAACCAACUGGUCCAAUUGGUCUAAUUCCUAGUCGUUUACGCUUAGAAAGAAAAGAACGUACUAAGACACGUCAUGUCAAUUUUAUGGCUAGAAACAGUCGAUCUGUUGACACACCAUCAAUUAAAUCAAAUGAUCCCUAUGAAAGAAGACGAAAAAAGGAGAAACAGUCAUUUAAAACAUCUAACUCAACUCAUUCUUUGGUGGAAACUGUUAAUCAAUCUAAAGAUUUUUAUUAUUCAAAAAACAAUACGAUGAAUAAUAAUUUUCCACGUAGUUCAAGGAAUAAAAAUCGCAGUCAAUCUCACCGUCGUCGUCAUCGCGACCAAGAACAUCAUCCCUUAUCUUACAUAGCUGUUACUCCGGUUCAUUUAAGUUUUGCUAGACCUGUUGUUAUAUUAGGCUAUAUGAAAGAUAGGAUUGCUGAUGAAUUAUUAUGUGAAUUUCCUGAUCUCUUUGGAACCGCUAUCCCAUAUACAACUCGACCACGUCGGUCAAAUGAAGUUGAAGGUCGUGAUUAUCACUUUGUAAUCAGUCGAGAAAUAAUGGUCGCUGAUAUAGCUGCUCAUAAAUAUCUUGAAGCUGGAUUGCAUUGCUUAUUGGAUGUUGGUGGGCCAGCAUUAAAACGUUUAGAAUCAGCUGGACUACCACCAAUCGCUAUUCUUGUGCUACCUGAGACAAUACCAACUGAUAAAAAUGAUAUUAAUGAUGAUGUCGAUGACGGUAAUGAUAAUGAUGAUGGACGUUCUCCUCGUUCAGAUGAACAAACAAAACAGAAAAAACGUAAACUUAAAAAGUGCUCUUCUGUUGAAUCUGCAGCUUUUAAAAGUUUACAAAGUAAACUUAGUCGUUUACUGCAGAAUUUUACUUCCUUUUUGACAGCAAUUAUCACAACUGAUGAUUAUGAAACAGCUUAUAGCCGUGUUAAAGAAAUCAUAUUCACUAAUACUGGACCUAUUGUAUGGUUGAAUUCACCUCAGCCAAUACCAUGA